AUGGACCGGGACGUGGUCAUGGACGUGGACGUGGACGUGGACGUGGUCGUGGUGGACGUGGUGGACGUGGACGUGGACGUGGUCGUGGACGUGGACCUGGACGUGGACGUGGACGUGGACCUGGACGUGGACGUGGAAGUGAACGUGGACCUGGAUGUGUUCGUGGACGUGGACGUGGAUGUGGUCGUGGACGUGGACGUGGACGUGGUCGUGGACAUGGACGUGGACGUGGACGUGGAAUUGGACGUGGACGUGGAGGUGGACGUGGACGUGGUCGUGGACGUGGACGUGGACGUGGUCGUGGACGUGGACGUGGACGUGGAGGACGUGGACGUGGACGUGGAGGACGUGGACGUGGACGUGGUCGUGGACGUGGACGUGGAUGUGGUCGUGGAUGUGGACGUUUUUCACGUGGACGUGGACGUGGUCGUGGUCGUGGACGUGGACGUGGACGUGGUCCUGGACGUGGACGUGGACGUGGACGUGGACUUGGACGUGGUCCUGGACGUGGACGUGGACUUGGACGUAGACGUGGACGUGGACGUGGUCGUGGAUGUGGACGUGGUCGUGGACGUGGACGUGGACGUGGACUUGGACGUGGACGUGGACGUGGACGUGGUCGUGGACGUGGACUUGGACUUGGACGUGGUCUUGGACGUGGACGUGGACUUGGACGUGGACGUGGACGUGGACGGGGACGUGGUCGUGGACGUGGACGUGGUCGUGGACGUGGAUGUGGACGUGGACGUGGACUUGGACGUGGACGUGGACGUGGAUGUGGACGUGGUCGUGGACGUGGACGUGGUCGUGGACGUGGACGUGGACGUGGUCGUGGACGUGGACGUGGACGAGGUCGUGGACGUGGACGUGGACGUGGUCGUGGACGUGGACGUGGACGUGGAGGACGUGGACGUGGACCUGGACCUGGACGUGGACGUUGACGUGGACGUGGUCGUGGAAGUGGACGAGGACGUGGACGGGGUCGUGGUCGUGGAUGUGGACGUGGAUGUGGACGUGGACUUGGACGUGGACGUGGACCUGGACGUGGAUAUGGACGUGGACGUGCACAUGGACGUGGACGUGGACGUGGUCGUGGACGUGGACGUGGACGUGGACCUGGACGUGGACGUGGACUUAGACGAGGACGUGGAUGACGUGGACGUGGACGUGGACGUGGACCUGGACGUAAACGUGGACUUGGACGUGGACGUGGAUGUGGACUUGGACGUGGACUUGGACGUGGACGUGGACGUGGACGUGGACUUGGACGUGGACCUGGACGUGGACGUGGAAUUGGACGUGGACGUGGAAGUGGACGUGGACGUGGUUGUGGAUGUGGACGUGGUCGUGGACGUGGACGUGGACUUGGACGUGGACGUGAACGUGGACGUGAACGUGGACGUGGUCGUGGACGUGGACGUGGACGAGGUCGUGGACGUGGACGUGGACCUGGACCUGGACGUGGACGUGGACGUGGAGGACGUGGACGUGGACCUGGACGUGGACGUGGACGUGGACGUGGACGUGGUCAUGGACGUGGAUGUGCGACUAGUGGACAUGGACGUGGUCAUGGACGUGGACGUGGACGUGGACGUGGACGUGGACCUGGACGUGGAUGUGGACGUGGACGUGGUCGUGGACGUGGACCUGGACCUGGACGUAGACGUGGACCUGGACAUGGUCGUGGACGUGGACGUGGUCGUGGACGUGGACGUGGACGUGGACGUGGACCUGGACGUGGACGUGGACCUGGACCUGGACGUGGACGUCGACAUGGUCGUGGACGUGGACCUGGACGUGGACGUGGUCGUGGAUAUGGACGUGGAUGUGGACGUGGAUGUGGACAUGGACGUGGACGUGGACGUGGACAUGGACGUGGUCGUGGACGUGGACGAGGACGUGGACGUGGACGUGGACGUGGACGUGGACUUGGACGUGGACGUGGACAUGGUCGUGGAUGUGGACGUGAACGUGGACGUGGACGAGGUCGUGGACGUGGACGUGGACGUGGUCGUGGACGUGGACGUGGAGGACGUGGACGUGGACCUGGACGUGGAUGUAGACGUGGACGUGCACAUGGACGUGGACGUGGUCGUGGACGUGGUCGUGGAUGUGGACGUGGAUGUGGACGUGGAGGACGUGGACGUGGACGUGGACCUGGACGUGGAUGUGGACGUGGACGUGCACAUGGACGUGGACGUGGACGUGGAUGUGGACGUGGACGUGGACCUGGACGUGGACGUGGACUUGGACGUGGACGUGGACGUGGACAUGGACGUGGAUGUGGACGUGGUCGUGGACGUUGUGGACGUGGACGUGGACGUGGACGUAGACGUGGAGGACGUGGAUGACGUGGAUGUGGACGUGGACGUGGACGUGGUCGUGGACGUGGACGUGGAGGACGUGGACGUGGACGUGGACCUGGACGUGGAUGUGGACGUGGACGUGCACAUGGACGUGGACGUGGACGUGGUCGUGGACGUGGACGUGGAUGUGGAUGUGGAUGUGGAUGUGGAGGACGUGGAGGACGUGGACGUGGACGUGGACCUGGACGUGGAUGUGGACGUGGACGUGCACAUGGACGUGGACGUGGACGUGGACCUGGACGUGUACGUGGACUUGGACGUGGACGUGGACAUUGACGUGGAUGUGGACGUGGUCGUGGACGUGGUGGACGUGGACGUGGACGUGGACGUAGACGUGGAGGACGUGGAUGACGUGGUUGUGGACGUAGACCUAGACGUGGACGUGGACUUGGACGUGGAUGUGGACCUGGUCGUGGACGUGGACGUCGACGUGGACUUGGACGUGGACCUGGACGUGGACGUGGACUUGGACGUGGACGUGGACAUGGACGUGGUCGUGGACGUGGACGUGGUCGUGGACAUGGAUGUGGACGUGGACUUGGACGUGGACGUGGACAUGAACGUGGACGUGGUCGUGGUCGUGGACGUGGACGUGGACGUGGACGUGGACGUGGACGAGGUCGUGGACGUGGACGUGGUCGUGGUCGUGGACGUGGACGUGGUCGUGGUCGUGGACGUGGACGUGGACGUGGUCGUGGACGUGGUCGUGGACGUGGACGUGGACGUGGACUUGGACAUGGACGUGGACGUGGUCGUGGACGUGGUGGACGUGGACGUGGACGUGGACGUAGACGAGGAGGACGUGGAUGACGUGGACGUGGACGUGGACCUGGACCUGGACGUGGACUUGGACGUGGACGUGGAUGUGGACUUGGACGUGGACUUGGACGUGGACGUGGACGUGGACGUGGACGUGGUCGUGGACGUGGACAUGGACGUGGACUUGGACGUGGACGAGGUCGUGGACGUGGACGUGGUCGUGGACAUGGACGUGGACGUGAACGUGGACGUGGACGAGGUCGUGGACGUGGUCGUGGACUUGGACGUGGACGUGGACGUGGACGUGGAGGACGUGGACGUGGACCUGGACGUGGAUGUCGACGUGGACGUGGACGUGGACCUGGACGUGGACGUGGACUUGGACGUGCACAUGGACGUGGACGUGGCCGUGGUCGUGGACGUGGUCGAGGAUGUGGACGUAGAUGUGGACGUGGAGGACGUGGACGUGGACGUGGACCUGGACGUGGAUGUGGACGUGGACGUGCACAUGGACGUGGACGUGGACGUGGCCGUGGUCGAGGUGGACGUGGACAUGGACCUGGACGUGGACGUGGACGUGGACCUGGACGUGGACGUGGAAGUGAACGUGGACCUGGAUGUGUUCGUGGACGUGGACGUGGAUGUGGUCGUGGACGUGGACGUGGACGUGGUCGUGGACAUGGACGUGGAUGUGGACGUGGAAUUGGACGUGGACGUGGAGGUGGACGUGGACGUGGUCGUCGACGUGGACGUGGACGUGGUCGUGGACGUGGACGUGGACGUGGAGGACGUGGACGUGGACGUGGAGGACGUGGACGUGGACGUGGUCGUGGACGUGGUCGUGGACGUGGACGUGGUCGUGGACAUGGACGUGGACGUGGUCGUGGUCGUGGACGUGGACGUGGACGUGGUCCUGGACGUGGACGUGGACGUGGACUUGGACGUGGUCCUGGACGUGGAUGUGGACUUGGACAUGGACGUGGACGUGGACGUGGUCGUGGAUGUGGACGUGGUCGUGGACGUGGACGUGGACGUGGACGUGGACGUGGACUUGGACGUGGACGUGCACGUGGUCGAGGUGGACGUGGACCUGGACCUGGACGUGGACCUGGACCUGGACGUGGACGUGGACGUGGACGUGAACGUGGACCUGAAUGUGUUCGUGGACGUGGACGUGGAUGUGGUCGUGGACGUGGACGUGGACGUGGUCGUGGACAUGGACAUGGACGUGGACGUGGACUUGGACGUGGACGUGGACGUGGACGUGGUCGUGGACGUGGACGUGGACGUGGUCGUGGACGUGGACGUGGAGGACGUGGACGUGGACGUAGUCGUGGACGUGGACGUGGACGUGGACGUAGACGUGGACGUGGACGUGGACGUAGACGUGGACGUGGUGGAUGUGGACGUGGACGUGGACGUGGAUGUGGACGUGGUCGUGGACGUGGUGGAUGUGGACGUGGACGUGGACGCAGACGUGGAGGACGUGGAUGACGUGGACGUGGACCUGGACGUGGACGUGGACUUGGACGUGGACGUGGACGUGGUCGUGGACGUGGUCGUGGACGUGGACGUGGACAUGGACGUGGACGUGGACGUGGACGUGGACGAGGUCGUGGACGUGGACGUGGACGUGGACGUGGUCGUGGACGUGGACGUGGACGUGGUCAUGGACGUGGACGUGGACGUGGUCGUGGACGUGGACGUGGUCGUGGACGUGGACGUGGACGUGGACCUGGACGUGGACGUGGACUUGGACGUGGACGUGGACGUGGACUUGGACGUGGACGUGGACCUGGACGUGGACGUGGUCGUGGACGUGGACGUGGACCUGGACGUGGACGUGGACGUGGACCUGGAUGUGGACGUGGACUUGGACGUGGACGUGGACGUGGACGUGCACGUGGACGUGGACGUGGACUUGGACGUGGACGUGGAUGUGGACCUGGACGUGGACGUGGACGUGGACGUGGACGAGGUCGUGGACGUGGAUGUGGUCGUUGACGUGGACGUGGACGUGGACCUGGACGUGGACGUGGUCGUGGACUUGGACGUGGACGUGGACUUGGACGUGGACAUGGACCUGGACGUGGUCGUGGACUUGGACGUAGACGUGGACUUGGACGUGGACGUGGACCUGGACGUGGACGUGGUCGUGGACAUGGACGUGGACGUGGACGUGGUCGUGGACGUGGACGUGGACGUGGACCUGGACGUGGACGUGGACUUGGACGUGGACGUGGACGUGGACUUGGACGUGGACGUGGACCUGGACGUGGACGUGGUCGUGGACGUGGACGUGGACCUGGACGUGGACGUGGACGUGGACCUGGACGUGGACGUGGACUUGGACGUGGACGUGGACGUGGACGUGCACGUGGACGUGGACGUGGACUUGGACGUGGACGUGGAUGUGGACCUGGACGUGGACGUGGACGUGGACGUGGACGUGGACGAGAUCGUGGACGUGGAUGUGGUCGUUGACGUGGACGUGGACGUGGACCUGGACGUGGACGUGGUCGUGGACUUGGACGUGGACGUGGACUUGGACGUGGACAUGGACCUGGACGUGGUCGUGGACCUGGACGUGGACGUGGACUUGGACGUGGACGUGGACCUGGACGUGGACGUGGUCGUGGACAUGGACGUGGACUUGGACGUGGACGUGGACGUGGACCUGGACGUGGACGUGGACUUGGACGUGGACGUGGACGUGGACGUGGACGUGCACGUGGACGUGGACGUGGAUGUGGUUGUGGACGUGGACAUGGACGUGGACGUAGACCUGGACGUGGACGUGGACCUGGACAUGGACGUGGACGUGGACGUGGGCGCGGACGUGGACGUGGACGAGGUCAUAGACGUGGACAUGGUCAUGGACGUGGACGUGGACGUGGACGUGGACGUGGGCGCGGACGUGGACGUGGACGAGGUCAUGGACGUGGACGUGGUCAUGGACGUGGACGUGGACGUGGACGUGGUCGUGGUGGACGUGGUGGACGUGGACGUGGACGUGGUCGUGGACGUGGACAUGGAUGUGGUCGUGGACGUGGACGUGGACGUGGACGUGGUGGACGGGACGUGGUCGUGGACGUGA